AUGGUAAAAAGCAGUGAAUACUCUAUUGCUCAACGCUCUCAGGUUAUAACCUUGGUGUUUCUUGCCAAUAUGAAGCCUCCAGAUGUCGCGAAUUUGCUACAGAUGCCUAAGAAAAGUGUUUACAACAUUAUAAACCGUGCUAAAUCAGCAGGAUAUGACCCCGCGGUCAAGCCUCUAGUUGAUGAUUGCCAUAUUGUUGAUAAACCACGCUCGGGACGUCCAAAGGUAGUAACCCCGGAGAUUGAGUGUUCAAUAUUGGCAAGUCUAACUAAGGAUCGAUCUGGUCGUGAGAAAUCUGCUGAGGUUCUUGCUUUUGAAGCUGAGAAGACUCGCCUUCGCCCUGAGCCAUCGGCAUUGGACUCUAGAGGACUGGAAGAAUAAUAUGGACGGACGAGACAUCAA